UAAAAUGCUCGGCAGCAGCCUCGCGCAGUUCGGCUGCGUACAAGAAUCAUUAUUUUUAGCGCCUGGCUCGUGUUGCAGCGUCGGGGUCGCGAGAAGCUCUUUUUCUCCAUCUCCGUGCCACUGUUUGAGCAGGACUCGUUGGGAGCACGAGAGAGCUACGCCACUCACUGACUGGUGCGUGAAGUUGCGGGGUGUAACGUUAGACGAUAGAAAGCGAGGAGGAGGAUAACGGACUGACAGAGCGGGGAGGGGAGCACCACCACCAACACAUCUUUCCACAUAUCACUAUCGGGUCCUAGUUAAACUGCCUGCCCGGAGAUGGCUAGCCCCGCAGCAGGUCGAGAUGUCCCGAAUGCUUCGCCGCAGGACGAGCAGGAACAUUCGGGGCCGAACCAUCCCGAACCAGCCUGCCUGGAGGCACAGAAAUGGAUAGAGGCUGUAACUGGGAAGAGCUUUGGAGACAAGGACUUCCGCAGUGGAUUGGAGAAUGGCAUCCUGUUAUGCGAGCUGCUGAGUGCAAUCAAACCAGGGCUGGUCAAGAAGAUCAACAGACUGCCCACCCCCAUCGCCGGGCUGGACAACCUGUCAGUCUUCCUGCGGGGCUGUGAGGAGUUGGGCCUGAAGGGCUCCCAGCUGUUUGACCCUGGGGACUUGCAAGACACUUCCAUACGAGCUAACCUAAAGGACUCUGACUGCAACCGUAAACUAAAAAAUGUGCUGAACACAGUGUUCUGGCUUGGGAAGGCUGCCAGUGGCUGCGCAUCCUACAGCGGACCUACUCUCAACCUCAAGGAGUUUGAAGGGCUUCUUGCUCAAAUGAAGUUGGAGAGUGACGAAGGAGGCGACAGUUCACAGAAGCGCAGUGUUAGAGACAGCGGCUACGACUGCUGGGACUCUGAGAGGAGUGAUUCACUCUCUCCACCACGACACACUCGCGACAACUCCCUAGAUAGUCUGGACUCCUUUGGCUCCCGCUCACAGCACAGCCCUUCUCCUGAUGUGGUGAAUCGAGGACACAGUGAUGGGCGAGGCAGCGACUCGGAGGCCGAUGCCCCCAGCAGGAGGCCAGAUGUGCGGAAGGAUGACAUGUUGGCCAGACGGACAGCCAGCAGUGAAUCAAGAAACUUGAUUCCCUUUAACCAGUUUCUUCCCAACCGAACCAAUGCAAGCUCCUACAUCCCGACACCACGGCGAAAACCACAUACAGAGGAAGGAGAGCAGCGGAGUCACCCUCAAGCCACUCCAGAGCAGUCCAAAAGAACUGGACAGCACCACAAAACUCCUAAAACUGUCACUUGGGCACCUGAGAACAAUGGGGAAAAACUAAAACUGGAAGAGGAGAAAGUGACCCAGGAAGUGUUGGAGCAGAAGAGGCUGCUGAUGUUGGAGAAGGCAGGGAUUAAAGUUCUGCCUGCUGUUGUUCGCUACAGCAGCCCUCCCACAAUGGAGGAACCGGAAGUGAGGUCACCAUCGCCAAACAUUAUCCUUCGCUGCGAUAACGACUUUUUGAGCUCUCACAAAUCUGUGUGGGACUCCUCCUCUGAUGUGGAAGAGGAGGCAGAGGUGCAAAAAGUCCCGGAUGUUCGUAGGGACGACCUGGCAUCCAGACGAGCUCAUCGCGGCCCCGUUGCUCCCAAGGUGCAUCAGUUUGUCCCUCCACCUGUAUGUAGCAACAGAGACAGAGAGCGCUGGGAAGGGAUUAGACGAGCCUCGCAGCAAACACUGCAGGAGAAGGAGAUCAGUGAGAAGGAAGCGGUUCCUGACAUCAUUACACGCAGAGACAACCCCUUCCUAAACUCCGCCUCUCGCCUCGAGGAAGAGGAGGAUGGGGAGGAAGAGGGAGAAGAGGGAAAAGUUAAGGCGACGCCUAAUAAGCAGAAGGAUGACCUGGCUCGUAGACGAGCUCAGAGUAAGCCCCUCCCUCAUAGGGAUGGACCAAUAAGCUUUGUUUCUGCCUCCAUGAGCCAGGCCGAUAUGCAGAAGUGGGAGAGACUCAAGAUGACUGAACCCAGUGAGGCUAGCCCGUCCCCUGUGUGUCAGGCUUGUCUGGAGAAAAAUUAUGGAAGUCCUUUCAGCAGAUCAGCAAAGGCUGGACGAGGUCACAGCAAAGUUGUGACCUUUGGGGGCGUGACUGAGAUCGAGCAGCCAGUAGACACAGUCACUUCAAGUGAAGGGGAGGAGACAGAGUUGCUAAGACGACUCCUUUCCAAGGCAACUGUAGCCAUGCCUACCAUUGGCCUGGGCUCCCAGCUUUCAGAGCGGGAACGCAGCCAGGAAAAUGGGCCUGACCUCAAUCAAUGCACCGCUCCGUCCGCUGACCUACCACCCUGCACCCCUGAAAUCCCUCUAACUCCUGCAGAGCUGGAUGCUUGUCUGGCUCAGUAUGAACGGAGAGCAGAGGAGGAGGAUGAGGAGGAAGUGGAGAGGAUCCCAGAUCUCCAGAAAGAUGACAUGAUGGCGAGGAGGACAGGAGUUUUCCAUAAACAAAGCACCUCUACAGUGACUUACAACAGUUUCCUGCCUCUGCCCAGCACCAAGCGCCACACACAAGAGGAGGUCACAACUGAUGCUGCUCCGUGGAACAAAAAGAAAGUGCAGGCAGACAGGAGCAAGAAACUGAACGUCAGAGUGGAGCAACAGCAGCCGCACCCUGACAAGACUGUAAUCCGAGCAACGUCUUACAGCGAACGUGAAUAUGAUGAGCAGGAGGAUGAGUAUGAUGAAAAUGAGCCUGUGCCUGACCUGGAGAAGGAUGAUAUGAUGGCUCGAAGGACCGGAUCAUUCCAAAAACCGAGUGCAGUCAGAACAAACCAGGCCAUCAACCAGUUCCUGCCAGUACCUGGAUCGGUUAAAUAUUCCAUUGCCCCAGUGUCUGCAAUGAAGGCACUACACAGAAAGCCUAAACUCAGAGAGAAGAUGGCUAGUGAAAGCAGCAUGGUUACCGUGGCAGCAGAACCUCAGGCACCGCUCUCCAAAGCACCAACCCUCCCUCAGUGUGCAGGGCUGAGGGAGAGGCAGGAGGAGGAUAGAAAGGAAGGAGACAUGAUAAUCUCUGUCACUGAUGUGUCUGAGCCCCUCUCCUCUCCAUCACUCACCCCUCCACCCAGUCCUGCUGCUGCCCAGACUCGUAAAGUGGAGACAGUGCUGGAAAAGCAGUGUGUGGAGGAAAGAGUUGAGAAAAAGGUAGAGGAGAGAAAGAGAGACGUGAACGAGCAACCACGAAAGAAACCCUUCUGGUUGGAUGACGAUGAUCUACCUCCCAUCAUGAUGAGCCGGCGAGUUGCUUUUAUGUCUGAGGAUACUGAGAGUGUGAGCAUGGGUGACAUGCUUAAUGAGGAAGAGGUUGGACACUUACCGCCACUGAGCCAAUCACGAUAUGAGCGCAUGCACGAGCAGUACAACAACUUUCAGGAAGAUGACGACCACUGGCAAAACGAAUUGGCUCGCUGGAAGAAUCGGCGUCGCAGCACGUCCCAGGAACUGAUCAAGAAAGAGGAAGAGAGGAAGAGGAUGGAGAAAAGGAUGAAAGAGGAGGGAAGUUACUGCAACAAGAGGAAAAGCAUUAAGACCUAUAAAGAGAUCGUGGAGGAGAAGGAGCGCAGAGAGGCUGAUUUGUGUGACGCCUACAGGAAUGCAGCGACUCCGGAGGAGGCCGCCAUGGUUUUACAGCGUUAUGCUCUUCGCUUCACCAUCAGUGAUGCAACACUGGACAGCCUAAAACUGCCCAGAUCCACUGCAAAUCCCAAACAGGACCUUGAUAAGGUGGAUACGGAGCACAAAACAACAUCACCUGUGAAUGAAACAUCAGAACCUCUGCACAAACCAGAACCACCUGUUAUAAAAGACCAGUGGCACACAGAGCCAGAAGAGAUGGAGACAAAUACAAUUGCUCAACAAGAGACAUCAGUUUCUGUCCCCUCCAGCUCCCCAACACCUGGCAACACCCUCAGCCCGGUCACAAACUCAGACCAUGUGCCACUUCAGUCACUAGAACUUAAUGAACCUCAAUCCAAACCGACAGAGUCUCCAACCAAACAACAAAUACAACCAAUUACAGGAGAUGCAAAGCCUCAAGCCAAACACACACCACCUCAUAUUGAACAGGUGCAGCCUCAUACCACACAGCCUGUACACACACUCCCCUCCCCUCCAUCUGUAUCCCCCAGACCCGUCCCCCUGCUGGCAGCCAAGCCCUACUGCCAGCCCAGGAACACAGUGUCUGGACACAAACCUGUCAAGAUGGACGGGUUGGUGCGAGUAAAUGGAGAGGUGACAGAAGACUUAUCUGUUUCUACUCCACCUACAUCUGCUCGCCACUCACCACCAGAGGUCAAAGAAGUUCCUUCCAAACAGACGGAGAAAGACGUUCCCUCCGUACAAUUGGAGAAAGAUGCUCCCUCCAAACAGAUGGAGAAAGAUGUUCCCUCCAUACAAACGGAGAAGGACGUUCCCUCCAUACAGGCAGAGAAAGACGUUCCCUCCGAGCAGAUGGAGAAAGAUGUUCCCUCCUUACAGACAGAGAAGGACGUUCCCUUCAAACAGAUGGAGAAAGACGUUCCCUCCGUACAGACAGAGAAGGACGUUCCCUUCAAACAGAUGGAGAAAGACGUUCCCUCCAAGUCUAUUGCGACCAAUCAGGAGACGGUAGAGCAGACGCCACCUCCAAAGACAGAAAGAUCGACCACGUCUUUAGGCUCUGCCAUCAGCUCCCUGAUUGGAGGCCGAAACUGUACCAUCACGACAACUAUUGUGACAGAGCUCACACAUGUGGAGCCACAUCACCCGGAUAUCCAAAGCAAUGGACAGGUUAAUGGUACUUCUGGGUUAUCUGGGAGUCCAGUGGGGGGGGGAAAGACUCCGCCAGCUACAUCACCAAACAGCAUGCAAGAAUAUUCUCCCACUGUCACAGAGGGACUUGAGGAGAGCAGUGUGACUAUUGAGACCCCCAUGUUGAACUUGGCUAAACGUGUUAAUCACUGGGUCUGGGACCCCAAUGAGGAACGCAAACGCCUGGAAAGUUGGCAACAGGAGCAGGAGCGCCUCCUACAGGAGCAAUACCAGAAAGAACAGGAAAAGCUGAAGAAUGAGUGGGAGAAAGCACAGCUAGAGGUGCAGGAGGAGGAGAGAAAACACAAUGAAGAGGAGAGAAGAAUCCUAGAGGAGACUGUAACACCCUUAAAUCCCACUGCCAUGUUAAACCAGCAUUCAGUCCAGACAGCGAAGACUUCAUCAGCUCCAGAAAACAAUGAGACAGAAAGAGGAAACGUUCCUCUACAGCAAAACGGCCAAAGAAGGGAAGGGAACGAGGAUCAACAUGCAUCCAAGCUGCAUUUUUUCCAGGAUUCUGCAUUGGAUGGUGAACAUUCAAAGAAACAGGAACUGUGGAAGACGGCCUCUCUGGACCGCAACCCUCAGUUAAACCAGCCACAUAUUGUUAAAAGGUCUGAGUCCCAUGAUGCUGUAACAGGCAAACAGCAGCCCUCCCCUUCAUCACCUCAGCCUCCCUCACCCAGCAGGUGUGUUAGUGGGAAGAGACUAUGUUCUGGUUGUUCUCAACCACUGGGAAAAGGAGCUGCCAUGAUCAUCGAUACACUGGGACUGUUCUUCCACAUACAGUGUUUCAAGUGUGGAGUGUGUGAUGGGCAGCUGGGUGACGCCUCUGCAGGGACUGAUGUACGGAUUCGUAAUGGACUGCUGAGCUGUCAUGAGUGCUAUAUUGCAUCUCGGGGCAGAGGUCAGCCCACCACACUAUGAUGACCUGCAUUUGAACUGGAACCUCCUCUGUAUUUGUCAGUGAUUGGAUGGAGAAGAAUUCCAGAACUGUAACUCCCAUUCUGGAAAACUCUUGGAAUCAUUGUCUUUUUCCUGAAAUGCACAAACUGCUUUAUGGAUGCCACUUUGAGCGAAAACUGGACUGACCUGGACUGAGUGACAAAACAUCACAUGCACAUACAGUACAGUGUGUGUGCUUAUUAUACACUUUAAGAUUUGUAAUAUGUGUAGCAUGGAUGUAAUUAAUAAAAUCAGUGUGUUUAGACCUUUGCACAUCCAUACUUAGCACAGUUAAGAUACUAGAAUAAGGAUCUGUUCUGUCACAAGCUUAACAUGUUACGCUAAAAGCUGAACCACUACACAUCAGUCUCAAAGUCUUGAUUCAUUAACUCCUGCUUCUGCUCUGAUGACUGAUGAUGGUUUGGGUUGGAUAACCUGAAGUAGCUCGACCUUUAUAAUGCCUUACUCAUCAUCAUACCUUCUAAUUCUUUUUGGGUUUUGUGUUUACAGUUUUGCAUGAAAGAACAACAUAUAUAAGUUAUUGCUCAGAUGGAGUAAUGUGAGCUUGACAUUCGUUGUUAUCGUCUCAACACCUAAACAUAACCUUCCCUCUUGUAUGUUGUACAUCAUCAUGAUAUUUUUGAUUUUUUUGGGGGAAUCUGGCUAACUUACUCAAGCUUUUUUCUUUAUAAUUCAUUAUACAGGAAUGAGAAUGCAUGUUAUUAAUUAUACACUUGUUGUUUUUUGGAUUUUUAAAUAUUUUCCCUUUAAAAUGUUUUUGCCAUUGUUAAUUCUCAUAGACUGACUGCAUCCAAAACAGUGCCUUAUGUAAUGAAUGCGAGGGCUAGUGUAUAGUGUAGGAGUAAUUCACACUCUCACAGACCUCUGGGUCUCAGCACAUGCGUGUAUGUUUGUGUGUGUGUGUGUGUGUGUGUGUGUGCGCGUGUGUGUGUGUGUGUGUGUGUGUGUGUGUGUGUGCGCGUGCGUGCGUGUAUGAAAUCAUACAUGUAUAGGUAUGUAUGCAAUGUGUGAUUUGACUUGAAGCACAGUUCCAUACCAGCAACAAACAUUUUAAAUGGAUCUCCAAAUCACCUGCUGUUCCCUUCCACCCACUCCCGUGAGAUAAACCAAUGACACAAAGUGAUUUGCUGCUUCCCUGUUAAUUAUUCCCCCUUAUAAUGACAGUUUCACAAUGUCCUAAAAUCUCUCCUCGUCUGCCUCUAUCACAAGUGUUGCCUCUCCAGAGUCUGAGCUGAAUGCCUUUCUCCUCUGUGUGUCAUUGCCUCUAUCUGAACACCUGACAGCGUCUUCAUCAGUCAGAGAAAUAGAGCGCUCAGUCAUUGUCUUUUAUAGCAAGUGUAUGUUUAUCAAUAAAAUAUUUUAAAUGGGA